AUGCAGCCCUUCAGCAUCCCGGUUCAGAUUACACUCCAGGGCGGCCAGCGGCGCCAGGGAAGGACAGCCAUUUCUACCUCAGGGAGGAAGAGAAAUACAGACCACAAUGGUGGAGACCCACCAGAUGGGCACAAGAAGCUGCCGUCCAGUGCUGGAGAGGACCGAGCCAUGCUGCUAGGGUUCACAAUGAUGGGCUUCUCGGUUCUAAUGUUCUUCUUGUUUGGAAUAACCAUCCUAAAGCCUUUCAUGCUCAGCACUCAGAGAGAAGAAGCGAACUGCACUAUUAUCCUCACACGUAUCACGGACGACGGGAUGGACUGCGCUUUCACCUGUGGUGUGGCCGGCCAAGGUCAGGGCAAGUAUCCCUGUCUUCAGGUGUUGGUGAACCUCACCCAUUCGGGCCAGAAAGCUCUCCUACAUUACAAUGAAGAGGCUGUGCAGAUAAAUUCCAAGUGUGAUGUUACAGACUACGAAGUUAAAGAAAAGCAGACAUUGACAGUUUCUGAUGAGCACAAACAGUAAGUGCAGUCACAGGCCAAGCUUCUUGCUAGGAACAGCAAGACUGGGAAGAGGUCUUAAAUUUAGUGACACUAUUAUUCUAUAUUCUCAGUACAAUAACACAUGCAUCUUGCUGUGUCAAAUACUUUUUGGGCCAUCAUUAAAAGAACAUUUAAAAACAUUUUUCUCCUAACGAAUGCAGUAUACCACAGGACUUCAAUUCAUUGAAUGACAAAAUAUAGAGAGAUCGAUUUGCUA